AUGGCCUCCAAUUACACGAACGAUUUCGUGUCAGACAUUCCCCUCAAAAGGCCAGCAGAGACGUUUGUAGACGAUCCUGAGUCGUUGGACGAGGUAUCGAUGGAUGAGCUUGAGUUCGACUUGUCUCACGACAUUAAGGAUAUCAAUAAACUCCACAUUUUCCACGCAUUGGCGGUGCUCAAUGCCAUGCUUGCUGACCUAAUCUGGUUGGGAUCGAACCGAGAGCUAUUUGAGAAGUUCCGCCGUGAACAACUCGAGAAGAACUCUAUCGACGUAGAUGAAUUGUCUGAGUCUUCCAAAACUGAGCCUGAGCAGACAACAAGCUUCCACGACGAUGACUUGCCUCUACCGGUCGAGUCUUUCCGCCCUAAGGCGCCUAUAAGGUUUCCGUCGGUGGACUAUUUGGGAAUUCCUCCUGUUCCAGAUGUAGACGCCAUUUUGAAUAGACUGCCAGAGAUCUCUCUUCCUGUAACUCCGAUUCCAGAGGAGGAAGAUGUGGAGUCAAGCGACAAUGAUCUUCUGAAGUCGGGAACAUUGGAGGGCGGCUUCAUUUCGACAGAGUCUCUUUUGAAGACGACGUCGUUCGAUGUCAUCUCCAACCCUAUCUCUGAACACAGUUGCAAACGCCUCAACAAAGAGGUAUUAUUCCACAUGAACCCAAAGACAAAACAACAGGCCGAGCAUCUUUUGAAGGCAUUCACUCUAGCGAAGGCGCCUCCAAUCUCGGUGGAAGACUUCUUGCUUCGGAUUAGACAAUACCUGCCAUCUAUCUCCGUCUCUGUCUACAUUCAUAGUGCCUACAUGCUAUACAAGCUUUGCGUACUUUUGGAUGUUACGCAGUUUACGCACUUGAACGUUUACCGGUUCAUCUUAGCGCUGUUAAGAUGCUCAGUUAAGAAAUUGGAGGACAUCUAUCAAAAACAGAAGAGUUUUGCAACUGUGGGAGGCGUGGACCUCAAAGAUCUAUGCAAGAUUGAGGUGAGCUUUCUCUACUUGUUCAACUUCAAGUUGAUGUGCAGUGAGUUUAUUCUCAACCAAUUCUUGGUUAAGGAUUUCGUUUCCUUGCGUAAGUUCUGUCGCACAAACUUGAAGUCUCAACAGACAGAGGUCGAAGCUUAA